AUGAAGAUCUUUGAGGAGCAGCUGGGCAGUGACGACCAAGUGAGGCUUUUCCAAGGGGUUCUCAAUGAUAACGAUCAAGUGAGAUUGUUCAAAGCGGCUUUAAAGAACGACGAUCAGGUAACGUUGCUCAAAGAGAUUAUGCAAGAACGGAUGUCGGUCGAUGGAGUUGAUACACAAAGAAUGGCAAAGUUUGAAGCGGGUCUAAAGUGUCAAGAGGGUGUAAAGUGUAAAACACUGGAGUUGUUCAGAGCUGCUCUCUCGAAUGAUCGCACAGCAAAGAAUUUUCAAGUACUUCUGGAAAGUUCCUCGCCAAAAAAACUCUUCCAAAUUCUUGUAUCACACUGGUAUCGAAAAGAGUUUGCGCGCUAUUUGCGUAGAUAUAUCGAUAAAAGCAAUUAG